AUGUCUCUCUCUUCUAAUGUCGCGUCUGAUACGCCUGUUAAGACCAACCAACUAAUACCUUAUGCCAAAUCCAUCAAAGAAUAUUUUAAUGAUAAAGGAUACGUAUUUUAUAUUGGGAUAGGGCUUACUACCACAGUGAUUUUAACUGGGGUUGGUCUAUAUUUCCUUCGAACUCCCAAGCCACCAAAACCAAGAACACGAUCAACUUCUCGUAAAAAAGGACCAAAAACUAAUAAGUCAACAUCAUCAAGAACUGCAAGAGAGGAUGCAGAGGCCGAAGAGUAUGAAAGGUAUACCAUUGACCAAAUAAAUGCUUUACCAAAAGAGAAGCGAAUAGCAGCUUCACAGUUACUUAAAACUCGCGGUAACACUGUUUUUGGCAAAGGAGAUUAUGAAAGGGGCAUUAAGCUCUAUACACAAGCACUUGCAUUUAAUCAAGAUCCUAUAUUUUACGGCAAUCGAGCAGCAUGCUAUUAUAAUAAAAAUGAAUUUCAGAAAGUUAUUGAAGAUUGUACCAAUUCAUUGGAAUUGGAUCCUUAUUAUGUUAAAGCAUUGAACAGAAGAGCAAUGGCUUAUGAAAAUCUUUCACAAUAUGAAGAAGCUUUACAUGAUUAUACUGCUGCAUGUAUAAUCAAUGAUUAUAAAAAUGAAACCUCUGUUAGGGCUAUCGAACGCCUUUUAAGGAUAAUAGCUACUAACAAAGCUCAAGAAAUAAUGCAGACUAGACCAAAACGCCUCCCAUCUUCAACGAUGAUUUCUUUACAUUUGGAAACAUUCCAAAAAAUGGCUUUUGAUGCGACAGAUACUCGACCUGUGAUUUCUCAAGAGGAUAAAACUGGCGAUGAUUAUUUUAAUGAUGCACAAGAGUUCUUGUCACAGCAAAAAUAUAAUGAUGCAAUGAAAGCUUUUGAUCAAGCCAUUGAACUCAAAUGUGAACACCUUGACUAUGCUUAUAAUAUGCGAGGAACCUUUGCUUACUUAAUGGGGGAUUUUGAAGGUUCAUUAAGCUAUUUUGAAAAGGCUCUCGAGUUGAAGCCGAAUUAUGUACAAGUUCAUAUUAAACGUGCAACAGUUUAUACAGAACAGGGCACCAUUGAUGAUUAUCAACGUAGAAUAGAGCUUGAUCCGGAAUUCGUUUAUGCUUAUAUACAACUUGUCAUAUGCCAAUACAAAUCUAAAGGAAUAGCAGACGCGAUUAAAGUCUGUGAGGAUGCAAUAGAGAAAUUUAAUGAUUCAGCAGAACUUUAUAAUUAUUACGGUGAACUGUUGGUUGAAAAUGGUGAUAUUAAUACAGCAAUAGAAAAAUUUGAUAAGGCUAUUGAGUUUGCUAAAGGGAAAUUUGUAUCACCACUAAUACAUAGAGCAAUGCUUGUUUUACAUCCUAAUAACAAUUUUACUGAUGCCGAAAAUUAUUGUCAGCGAGCUUUAGAUAUCGAUCCAGAUAAUGAGCUUGCACAUUUAGUUAUGGGCGAGAUUUUAUUGUCAAAAAAUGAUUGUGAAGGGGCUUUACGAUAUUUUGAAAAGUAUCAAGAAUUUCCAAGAACUGAAAAUGAACUUAUAGGUGUUCAGGAAUAUAUAGAGGCUGCAAAGUCUCGUAUUGUUUUCAAGAAAAAAUAUCCACAAGUAUCUGAACGCACAUUUGGAAAAAUAUAA